CGCUAGCAGCUGGCCUACCAAAAAUGACGACAACACGACGAUUGCUCUCUAUAUAAACGGAGAGUGUCGUGUGCGAGCCUUGCUAGCUAGUAUAGCUUACACCGGGACUUGCAUAUUAAUUAAGCAGCAUAUAUAGGCGAUCGACAGACAGCGAUGAAGGUAGCGGUGGUGGGUGGCGGCGUAAGCGGGCUAGUGGCGGCGCACGAGCUGGCGAGGAGCGGCGGCGGCGGCGUGCGCGUCACCGUGUACGAGAAGGAGGAUUACCUCGGCGGUGCCAAGACCGUUGCCGUCGACGGCGGAGCAGCAGCAGACGGCCGUGUAGCCGUCGACCUCGGCCUCAUGGUCUUCAACCCGGUGAGAAGCCCAAACAUGAUGGAAUGGUUUGAAAGGCUAGGGGUGGAGAUGGACACAUCAGACAUGUCAUUCUCAGCAAGCAUGCGGUUAAACAAAGGUAAAGGCUUCGAGUGGGGAAGCCGCAAUGGUAUGUCUAGUGUAUUGGUGCAGAAGAGCAAUUUGCUUAGCCCCAGAUUCUGGCUCGUGAUCCAUGAGAUAUUCAAGUUCAAGAAUCAUGCCCUCAAGUACUUGGAGGACCACGAAAGAGACCCUGACUGGAAUCAAACUUUGGGGCAGUUCAUUCAGUCACAUAGAUAUUCACAGCUCUUCCAGGAUGCCUACCUUAUUCCAAUGUGUGCAUGCAUUUGGCCCAGUACGUCGAAGGAAGUAUUGGGCUUCCCUGCCCUUUUUGUUCUUUCAUUUUUCCAGGACAAUCAGCUUCUUGAGUUUUUUAGUCGCUCACAGUGGCUUACUGUCAAAGGUGGUUUGGGGUCCUACAUGAACAAGGUAAGGGAAGAAUUGGAGAGCAAUGGCUGUCAGAUUAAGAUCGGCUGUGAAGUCAGCUCUAUUUCGAAGUCCAAAGGAGGUUACCAAAUUUUAGAGGUUGAUGGCUCAGAGGAGAAGUACGAUAGGAUCAUAUUAGGUGUUAAUGCACAGGAUGCACUAAAAGUACUAGGAGCUGAAGCAACAAAUGAGGAACUGAAGACUCUAGGAGCUUUCCAGUAUAUCCGCAGUAACGUGUACCUCCACUGUGAUGAAAGUCUGAUGCCACAUAAUUUCUCCGCAUGGAGUGCUAGGAACUUCUUGGGGACAACAAGCAGUGGUGUCUGUGUUACCUCCUGGCUAAAUAUACUUCAGAACAUUGAAUCUGCCGGGCCUCUACUUGUGACACUGAACCCUCCUCGUGUUCCCAAACAUGUUUUGCUUAAAUGGCAUACCAAACACCCAAUUCCUUCCAUUGCUGCUGCUAAGGCUAACCAUGAGCUCAAGAACAUCCAAGGAAAGAGGGGAAUUUGGUUCUGUGGCGCAUAUCAAGGCUACGGAUACCACGAGGACAGUGUUAAGGCUGGGAAAGCAGCAGCUUCAGGAUUGCUUGGAAUGAAAUGUGACCUUUUGGUUAACCCAAAACCGAUGGUCCCAUCAUGGACUGAGGCUGGCGCACGUUAUUUGGUAGCAAAAAAUUUAGACCAAUACAUAUCCAUUGGUAACUUCUGCAUGCUCGAGGAAGGAGGCACUAUGUUUAGUUUUGGUAAAGCAUGUGAGAAAUGUCCUAUAAAAUCUGUGAUACGAGUUCACGAUCCCCAGUUCUAUUGGAAGGCUGCAACAGAAGGAGACCUUGGUUUUGCAUCUGCCUACAUCCAGGGCUAUAUCUCAUUUGUUGAUCACCGAAACGGCCUUGUGAACCUUGUACGGAUUAUAUUGGCUAAUAGAUGUGAACGCAAGAGAUUAUACAGCACUGCUAAGACAAGUGCUUAUACAAGGAAGGCCUGGUGGGCACCGUUCCUUGGAAUUAGUGGAGUCGCAUUUGCAAAAUACUUUCUACUUCACGCCUGGCGGAAGAAUAGUGUAUCCAAAGCUCGUAAAAAUAUAUCUGAACACUAUGAUCUGAGUAAUGAUUUCUUUGCUCUUUAUCUGGAUCCAUCUAUGACGUAUUCUUCUGGUAUUUUCAAGGCGGAGGACGAGAGCUUAGAAGCAGCCCAGCUACGUAAGCUUGACAGUCUCAUCAAUAAGGCUAAGGUGGAGUCAGGGCAUCAUGUUCUUGACAUUGGUUGUGGUUGGGGGACUUUAGCAAUAAGGUUGGUGCAGAAAACUGGUUGCAAGUGCACAGGAAUUACAUUAUCCGAGGAGCAACUCAAAUACGCCAAGAGAAAGGUGAAAGAAGCUGGAUUAGAGGACCGCAUAACUCUCUUGCUUUGCGAUUACCGUCAAAUACCAAAUGGCCAAAAGUUUGAUAGGAUUAUAAGUUGUGAGAUGCUUGAACACGUUGGCCAUGAGUUCUAUGAAGACUUUUUUGCCUCCUGCGAGUAUCAUUUGGCAGAACACGGCAUAUUUGUCCUCCAGACCAUUGCACUCGUAGAGGAAAUGUAUGACAAAAUGAGGUUGCGGCCUGAGUUUGUAAAGACAUAUAUCUUCCCCGGUGGCUGCCUACCGUCUCUAGCCCGGAUUGUGUCUGCCAUGACUAAUGCAUCAAGAUUCAACAUACAACAUGUUGAGAAUAUUGGGGAUCACUACUACACGACUCUAAUGAACUGGUGGGACAACUUCGCGGCAAACAGAGAAAAAGCUUCUGCCCUUGGAUUUGAUGAAAAAUUCAUCCGUACUUGGGAGUAUUAUUUAGGUUAUUGUGCAGCUCUGUUCAAAUCGCGCAUUUGUAUAGAUUAUCAGAUAGUGUUUGCUCGGCCAGGUGAUUCAAAGCUGCCAAGCUAUGUUGCCAUUGCAUAGGUGGAGGCUGUUGUGUUUAUGUAUCAAAAGGAUUCUUGCAGUGCAAUAUGUUAGUGUGAGCUUUAUUCAGUCAUGUACGUUUGUGUUGGAGAGCAGGUCAGCAGCUGGAUGCGUGAGAUAUAUAGUUUGAUUAGAGAGGCACGUAUAAGAUGCAUGCUAGUAGUCCAUGCAGGUGAAUAUUGUGGAUUAAACCGUGGUCCAGUACUUGAUGUCAAGGGAAGUACCUAGCUGCUUGCUCAUGUGUGUUAGUGGUGCUUUAAUUUGCAUUAGAUUGGUGCUCCACCUAGGAGGUGAAAUAGUGGUCAUGGCAUCUUGGUGCUAAGCCGAGUCUUGCCAAACAUAUUGAGUUUGACGACUUUGUAAUAAUAUUUUUUAAAUAUAUUGAAGUUUAUUAAUAA